GAUUCUAAUGAGAUAAACAUUUUCUUUCUUCAGGACUCUACAUCUUAUUGUUUAUUCCACGAGCAGUUAACAGGCAUAAUGUGCCUGGGUUCUUGAUAGAAGAUGUAUUCAUUGGAUAGAUUACUAUCGACCAUGAAUUACCGAUCCUUAAUUUCCUACACUGCCCUGGCAGUGUUCGUCACAUCCGUUUUGGUAUGGCUUCGCAACUACCACUCGUCGCCUGCAAUAUCAAUAUCGAAGCCCGUACACUCACCACUGUAUUGGUUUGCUUUUGGUGAUUCCUGGUCCGCGACAGGCUUCAAUAUCAGCUCUGCACAACCUUCGGCAUCAAAUCCGAUGGGAAACUCUACUCCCCAUCCAGGCACGCAGAGCGGCGGCAAUAAUUGGAUCGGAUACUUGACCACGCAAUAUAACACUACUUUAAUCCUAACAUACAGUCUAGCCAUCGCUGGCGCAACAAUUGAUAAUUCACUAGCUACCUGGGGAUUUGGUGAUAUGACUUCCCAAGUAGACGCUUUUCAAUUAUACUAUGCUUCGAGGCCAGCAUAUGCGCCUUGGACGGCGGACAAUACAGUUGCUUCGUUUUGGAUUGGGAUUAACGACGUUUACUACGGCUUCGCACAUAAUGACGACCCUUCUACCUUCGUGUCAACAUUGAUGAGUAGAUAUCGGCCGCUCGUCGAGCAAAUUUAUUCUGACGGGGUGCGAAAGUUUCUAUUUUUGAAUUGCCCACCAUCAACCCGCAGCCCACAGGUACACGAAGAAAACGAUUUACCAGAACAGUUCCAACGUCAUGCCGAGAUGGUGACGGCGUACAAUAAGGGUCUGAAUGAUAUGUUGCUUCGGUUCAGCAAUGAUCACAAGGAUGCAACCGUGGUGUUUUACAACUCAUUCCAGUAUAUGACUCAUGUUCUUGACAAUCCUGCUAAAUAUGGUUACCAAGAUGCCACAUGCAUGAAUACCGAUGGGUCUAGUUGUGUCUGGUGGAAUAAAUUGCAUCCUGGCUGGAAAUAUCACAAGUACCAGGCUGAGGAUAUGUUGCCCAAUCUUGAGCCUCUCGGGUGGUGAUUUCACCUGAGAUUUCUUCUGAUUUACUACAAUGUAUAUAGUGCAAAUUAUGGAGUUUGAAAUUAUAGAAUAUACAACCGAGCCAU